AUGCUCUCUGGGACUGUGGAAAGGCCGACCCUGGUGGAUGGCGUCUAUGACAAACAGAUGUUGGACAUUGACAGUACGGAGUUGCUGGAGGAAGUUGGAGAGUUCGAUGGAUCUGUGGAGCAAAGUUUACAAGAUGCUUACGCUGAUGAGGGUGAAGAUGACAGGUCUAAUGAUGAUCCAUACGGCGGGAUGCCACUCGAAUUAUACGAUAAUAUUGUCGAGUUCAAAAGGUCUGGCACAUACCCUCCCAAUAUAGGAGUUCGCCAUGACCGUAGUGCACUUAGCCAUUGGAGGGCCAGGUGCUUUCGUUUUAUUUUGGCAGAUGACAAUGAGACAUUGUUGUAUUACAAUCCGUCAAGUAGCGUUAAUGAUCAACCAAAAGUUGUUGUGAAGAAAGGCGAAGUAAGACGCGUAAUCGAAAGAAUUCACGACUUGAUCGGCCAUCUUGGACAAAAACGAACGCAAAUCGUGGUCUUGAAGAAGCUUCAUUGGCGGUCAGUACGACAAGAUGUGAAAACUUUUAUUAAUAGCUGUGCUUUUUGUAAUCAGAAAAAACUCGAAGGGAAGAAGAUUUUGAAGGCUCCAGUGGACGUUACCAGUGACAACUUCGAUCUGAACAUUGAAGUUCGAAGCAAAACGCUAGGAAAUGGAGUGGUAUUCGAUCGUCUGACUUUCAGUCUUAUCGGAUACAAUGAACAAGAAGUGCGGGCAGCGGCUGUGACGAGAAUGACAGCAUAUACAUUUAAGGAAACCGCCAGUGAACUUCGAGGGCGCUUCGCUCGCCCGGGCUCUGCCAACACUACGACAAAUUUUCGGCGACAGCCGUACAUCAAGAGAACACGUUACUCACCAUAUGCGUCUGGAUUUAUCGUUCCUUAUGCGGGAAAACAUAAGAAUGAUGAGCCGGGGUUUAUUGAGGUGUUUCAAGACGAGCGGGAACCACUAGCUACUAAUUAUGGUGGACACGUGUACCCAGUAGCCGAGUUAGCAGACAGUCAAGUGAACGAAUCGUCAGAGAUGCAAGAAAGUAUCCCAACAACUAUGUCACAAAGCAAUUCGAUACGUGUAAAGGCGGAGGUUGGGACUGUAUUAUCACCUCAAAUGCAUUCAACAUCGAAACGAGAAGUUUCAACAACAUCGAGAGCAACAACUUUCAAUGGAGGACGCCAAAAGAAGGGCGCUAAAACAUUAGCGAACCUUGGAUUAGCAACACGAUUCAAUGUAGCAGUAGGAGAAAACGCAGACAGACCAGAAACUUGUGACAACACCGAAAUAUUACUACCAUCGUAUGAUGCAGUUCAUAUUCGUCCCGAAAUGUCGUCCUUGCCGCCAAUAAUGCUGAUGCCAUCAGUGGACCCGGAAGUGAUUCACAUGCAGAAAGAAUUACUACUACGACAAUUGCGUUUGCAAAGAAUGCAAGAGAAGGUAUUGCGAGCACAGUUCAACUCGUUGCGGCUUCCGAUAGCAAGGUACGAGGAAAUUGAUCCAGACGGCGGCCACGUUGAACUCUUAGUAGAAGGAGACGAAGAGUUCAUCGCAGAAAGAGUCGACGAUGAACAAGAGUUGAACGUUACGAACAGCGGAGAUGAGAGUGGAGAUGAAAUUAUGAGGGAGUCCCCAACAUAA